UGUCCACAGUCUCUGGUCAUCUCCUGUACUGUGUCCGCAGUCGCUGGUCAUCUCCUGUACUGUCCGCAGUCUCUGGUCAUCCCUGUACUGUGUCCGCAGUCUCUGGUCAUCUCCUGUACUGUGUCCGCAGUCGCUGGUCAUCCCUGUACUGUGUCCGCAGUCUCUGUCUCUGGUCAUCCCUGUACUGUCUGCAGUCUCUGGUCAUCUCCUGUGCUGUCCGCAGUCUCUGGUCAUCUCCUGUACUGUGUCUGCAGUCUUUGGUCAUCUCCUGUACUGUGUCUGCAGUCUCUGGUCAUCUCCUGUACUAUGUCUGCAGUCUCUGGUCAUCUCCUGUACUGUGUCCGCAGUCUCUGGUCAUCUCCUGUACUAUGUCCGCAGUCUCUGGUCAUCUCCUGUGCUGUCCGCAGUCUCUGGUCAUCUCCUGUACUGUCCGCAGACUCUGGUCAUCUCCUGUACUGUGUCCGCAGUCUCUGGUCAUCUCCUGUACUAUGUCUGCAGUCUCUGGUCAUCUCCUGUACUGUCCGCAGACUCUGGUCAUCUCCUGUACUGUGUCUGCAG